AUGACGCUGCCACCAGUACAGACGGACGUGGUGCACCUUCCACAGCGGCACAUCGUAUCCUUGCGCGUCGACUGUCAGUCCAUGGCUCCUCCUCCAAUGCUCGUUCACACGACGCAUGGAUCCCAGAGUCUUUACAGCGUCAUUCGCGUGUUGAUGGCUUCGCCGUCCGCGGCGGAUGGCGUCCGCGAGUUGCGACGCUAUGUGUAUCACAAACGAGUCGGCGAUAUGGCGGUCGUUGACGUCCCAAACAAGCGCACGUGGUCGGAGCGAGGGUACGAGCCAAGUUCUCAUGAGGCAUGCAUCAUGCUGACGCUCACCAGGGGCAGCCCGUUUCGUUACGACGUCGUGGCUAGCGACGGGUCUUGCCAAAUGGAGCUCAGCGUCCCUUCGCACGUGGACGCCAUGGUGGACUGCUACCACGUUCAGCGCGUGGGUGUGUUCUUGCACAAGUCCCAACUCUUUCCAUGGCCCGAGCGCGCUUUGACGAGCCCCCGUCCACUCGUUCAUAUUCACCUCACUUUCUUUAACUUGGCCGCCGAUCGCGUCGUGUGCCGAUUGCACGGCACCGGGCUGCUGGUUGAGGAAGAAGCCUCCGUGCCGCCUUCGACGGUGGUAGUACGUCCAUCGACUGCCCACACGGCGAUCGAGAUGCUUCAAGUGUUCACGGCCAGUGUUGAUGCUGUCUCCUUGGCAUCCACCCCAUCCGACCUCCGAAGUGCACUGGCGCGUCCGGGAGUGGUGUGCCUCCAUGCAUGUGCCCCCCGCACCCCUCGAAUCAUGCACACCGUUGCGCUGCAUGGAGGAACAGCAUCCCUGACGUCCAAGUCAAGUCUAGUCGUGCCUUGGGUUCCGGGGGUGCUGGAGUAUGCAUUGACGCCCCAGACGGCGACUCGGCGGGCGUUGAAAGGCGCGCUCACUCUGACCUUCCACCCGACGAACGGUACCAGAUUGAGGCUUUACGUUGGCCAUGUCACAGCGUCCAUGGGGAUGCGUGUGGGUCCCUAG